UCAAAUAAUAGGAGAGGGAAAGACAACCUGGAGGAUUAAAAGAAGUGGCUGAUCCUUGAACCCAAAGCCUCAACAAUACCUACCACUGUCACCCUUGUCUUUUAAGCAAAAACUCACACCCAAAGCUCUCACCCCAUCAUUCUUCUUUCUCCACUUUCCCUCAAUCCUAAUUAAAUUAUCAAUGUACUUCCAGCAUCAGUAGCUUAGAGUAUCUGAGCUCCACCAUAUCAAAUGGAGUAUCAGGUAGGUUCAUUCCAGACGCCAGUAAGAAUGAGAAGCUCUGCAUUGCUAGAAACUUCGUGUGGAUAUUUACUUCAGGAAUUGCAGAUGAUAUGGAAUGAAGUUGGAGAAGAUCAAUUUGAAAGAGAGAAGGUUAUGCUAGAUUUAGAACAGGAAUGUCUAGAAGUUUACAGGAAAAAAGUUGAUAGCGCAAAUGUAUCAAGAGCUCGCCUGCACCAGGAGUUGGCAGAAGCCGAGGCUGAAUUUACCCAUCUUCUUUUGUCCCUUGGUGAACGAUCUCUCCCUGGACGGCCAGAAAAAAUGACUGGAACACUGAAAGAGCAGCUAGACUCAAUCACCCCAGCUUUGCGGGAGAUGCGGUUGAGGAAAGACGAUAGGGUGAAAAAAUACCGAGCUGUGCAAGGACAGAUUCAGAAAAUUUCUGCAGAAAUAGCAGGUCAACCAGAGUACAAUGAUUCAUCAAUGGCCACAGUGAACGAGAAUGACCUUUCAUUAAAGAAACUAGAGGAGUAUCAGGUUGACCUACAAAGACUCCAUAAUGAGAAGAAUGAAAGGCUCCAAAGAGUGGAAAAAUACAUAGACAAAGUCCACAACUUGUCUGCAAUACUGGGGAUGGAUUCCUCGAUGAUCAUCACCAAGGUUCACCCCAGCCUAAACGAAUUGUCUGGAAUGUCAAAAAAUAUAAGUGACAGUAUUUUGGCUAAACUCAAUAGCACAGUGGAGUCUCUGGAGGAAGAAAAGCAAAAGCGGCUUGAGAAGAUAUGCCAGCUUGGUAGAGCAUUGACAAACUUGUGGAAUCUUAUGGACACACCCUCCAGUGAUCGUCAAUUGUUUUCUCAUGUUACUGAUUUAUUAUCAGUCUCAUCUGCAGAAGUAUCAAAUCCAGAGACCCUUACUCCAAUCAUAAUCCAGCAGGCUGAAGCUGAAGUCAAGAGACUGGAUCAUCUGAAAGCAAGCAAGAUGAAAGAGCUAUUCCUCAAGAAACAGAAUGAGCUGGAGGAGAUAUGCAACAAGUCACACAUGGAGAUUCCUUCGCAAUCAGAGAUGGACAAUAUAAUAAACCUCUUAAACUCUGGGGAGAUUGACCAUGCUGAUCUCCUCAUGAGCAUGGAUGAACAGAUAACAAGGGCAAAAGAAGAAGCUUCUAGCAGAAAGUCUAUAAUGGAGAAGGUGGAAAGGUGGAUGAUGGCACGUGAUGAGGAGCGCUGGCUAGAAGAAUAUAAUAGGGAUGAGAAUCGAUACUCAGUCAGCAGAGGUGCUCACAAGAACCUGAGACGUGCAGAACGCGCCAGAAUAACAGCCAACAAAAUCCCAGCUUUGGUAGAUUUGCUAUUAGCAAAGACUAAGAGCUGGGAAGAAGAAAGAAAGAAAGUUUUCUUGUAUGAUGAGGUACCACUACUGGCUAUGUUGGAAGAGUAUAACAUGUUAAGGUACGAAAAGGAGGAGGAGAAGCAAAGACAAAGGGAUAAGAAGAAGGUACAGAGCCAAGUAAUAGUUGAGCAAGAAAAUAUGUUUACAUCCAGGCCAGGUACCAGCAACAGGCGUCCCUCAAACAGGAGCUUGAAUGGAGGACUUAGUAAUGCUAUGCCUUUAAACAGAAGGCUUUCUCUGGGUAUUCAACACUUGGGAUCAAAUAGCAUUAAUUCGGCAACACAAGGCAUAUCCUUCAUAAAGGAAGGAGGGAAGGCACAAGGUGAAAAGAUGUUUGCUCGACUGAGCCUUGCUUCUCAUCUCAGAGAUGAAACAGCUUCAGUGGUGUCAACAUUUUCAGGCCCAGUAUCUCCUUGAAUUUUGAAUCGAACUUGUAUAUCUUCCUGGAUGAUGAGGCAGAAGAGAUUUGAGAAAGUCUCUUGCCUGGAAAAAUAUAAUAAAUCCUGAAUACAGAUAAAUUCAGGUUUUCAUUUUGGAUAGAAAUAGCUACAUAUUAUGUAUUUCUGCAUGAGUUCCCCUGUCUAGGACCUCAGGAGAUUUGUCAUUCAAAUGGCAAAUGAAAUAAAUUUUUGGGUUGUUUUCUCACUCUCACAGAUGUACAUUUUGCAGUUAGAUGUAUCAAAUAAAAUUGGUGUAUUUCUAAAGCUAUGUCAA